GAUACUAAAACGAACGAAGAAGAACGGUUUCAACACAAACGCUUUAACAAACGUUAAGCUAAAGGCACCGUUAGCAGCUGUGUCGUAGUUUUGAUGUUUGAGGUUUCUACCUGUGGGGAAUAGUCCUGGCCCGUGCAGAAGACCUCGUUUCGUUUUUGUCGUAUUUGUCUGGGAUGUAUGGAUGGAUGGUUGACGGAAUAUCGUCUCUGUUUGAGCCCAUUACCAGGCAACACCAUACCGAGUGGCCCGCGAAAAGAAGGGGCAGCGGAGAGGGAGCACGGCGGCAGGACAGCAACGGAAGACCGGCUAAACGGAACUAUCAGAGUGUACAUGCUGCAGAUAGCGUUUGUCAGACUGACCCAGUGGAGACAAAACGACCCAGACGAGAUGUUGUGAUCAGCUUUGUAAAGAAGACGGCAGCAGGUAUAGCAGGUCUACUUAGGCUGCGGAAACCGCUGCAAGCAAAGUGGGAAAAUCCAAACAAGAAUGAAGAAACACAGCCUAUUACUCUAAUGGGCAUUGAUGAGCUGCACACCUCAUGGGUAGAGAGCACUGACAGGAAAAUGGAUAAACCUGUAGGUGGAGCAAAUGACAGGAGUGCAAAUAAUCCCUUCCAAAGCUCUUUCAUAAGAAAAUACAGUGGAACUGCCCACCCUGCUGGGCUCCCAGAUAAAGGGAAAAACUGGGAAAGAAGAGGCUCCCUUCAGCUGCUGCCUUCAAGGCCUGCUCUCAGAGUUGGAAAUGGUAAUUCCGAACAGUUUUGUAAUGGCUACGGCCACAGCCGCUGCUACAAGCCCAGUCUAACUGUGGAAGAGACCAUAAAGCAGAACAAUAAGGAGCACUACAGACGCCUAUUGGAAAUGGUGACUGAAAAAUACAGCAAAAACCAACCACUUCCCUUCAACCAGACAAAACCACAGGAUGAGUCGACAUUACAGCUUUCUCAUAAAACACCUGCUUCAGAAAGACCCUUUGACUCUAGGAGGAUGGUGUGCACAGCUGCACCAAAUGUUUUUACAUACAGAAAUACUACUACAUCUAAAGACAGGUGGGGAGGGCUAACUUUUAAUAAGUUAUACAGUGAACCCCUUGAGCAAAAACAGCCUGUUAAAUACUCAAAGGAAAAAGAUGCAUCAGAGGUGGACCUUUCUGCCGAAGUCGCUUCUCGCCUUAAUCUAGCUGACAAGGAUGCUUCUGCACUCAGCAUCAGUGAAGCGCCACCUACCUACGCCUCUCACAUGUGGCACAGUGAUGAGGACAUCCCCAGGCUGACCAGAGAAAUGGCCAUGGAGGUUAAUGAGGCUUUGGCUCAAAGAGAUCCUAACCUUGUUUUAAGUGCAGCUUUCAAACUUCGCAUCACGCAGCGAGACCUGUCAACUCUGCUGGAAGGUGGAUGGCUCAAUGAUGAGGUAAUGAACUUCUACCUCUCCCUCAUCAUGGAACGAUGUUCUGGAGGAAGUGGGAGAAUCAAGGUCUACACUUUCAGCACCUUCUUUUACCCGAAGCUGCGAGGCGGCGGAGCAGGAGGACUGCCAGGAGGAUAUGUAGCUGUGAAGCGCUGGACCAAAGCUGUUGACCUCUUCAUGUUUGACCUCAUCCUUGUUCCGCUGCAUCUCGGUGUCCACUGGGCGUUAGCUGUGAUAGAUUUCAAGUCAAGAACUGUAAAAUCAUACGACUCAAUGGGUCAGAGACACGAUGACAUCUGCAAUCUUUUACUACUUUACCUUACAGAAGAGCACAAAGCAAAGAAAGGAAGGGAACUUGACCGUGCCAAAUGGACUGUUGGAAGCCUGAAGGAUAUUCCUCAGCAGAAAAAUGGGAGCGACUGCGGUGUUUUUGCCUGUAAAUAUGCAGACUAUAUUGCAAAGGGAAAGCCCCUCACUUUUAAACAGUGCCACAUGCCUCUCUUCAGGAAGUUAAUGAUGUGGGAAAUCCUCAAUCAGAAGAUGCUAUAGAAGAUUAUGAUCCCAGCAACAGCAGCAGCUACAUGUUGGUCUCUCAAAACCCCGACUUUACUGACUGAAAGCUAAUCCUCAUAUUUUGAGUAAUCAAACGCUAGUCUUAACUUUAUAUCUCUUUCUAGAGAAAUUAUAUUCAAUCUCUGAGUUCUAAGUGGAGAUAGUUUUGGAAGGAAAUUUUCGAUGCACAAACAUUGGCACUAAUGAGUGAAUGAGUUUUGAUCCAAGAUUGGUAUUUUUUUACAGCCUGUAAGUGCCUUUAACCCUGUUGUGGAGCUUAUUCAAGCUUAUUUUGCUCUCUCUGUUGUUUUUUUUCAGCCAGGCCAAGAAUGCAGUCUUUCUUUCAUAAUGGUUGUUUAAAAACAUAUCUAAAUGAACAGAAGUAUGUAAAUGAUUAUAUUUAGACAUAAAACUGUGUUGUGUGAAAUGUAAAUGCUGGAAAUGUUACCUCCUGUUUUGUUAAAUAUUAUUUAUGACUUUACUGAAAGGAAAAACUGUUAACUGUAGUAAGGCUUCUUCAUUUACUCAUAUAGUCAAGGUACAAAGACUUAGAUUUUUGGUUUACUUCCUAGGGAACUACUGAACAGGCGUGAAUGUUAGCACUCAUGCUUUGAAUGUGACACCCUCCUGUAAUAAAGUGUUUUUUUUUGCAA